GAACACUCAGCCAGUGGAUAAACCAGAGCAGGACACCCUCAGUCGCUGCUCCGGAGCCGAGCGGACCGGAGCGCUGCCUCCACAUCCAGCCGGCGGCGCGCACCGGACCAGCGUCUCCGCACCGGGAAGCACAGAAUGCUGCAGCCCUGGACUUCGCGGGACGCGAUAAGGGAGGCAACGAGACGUGCUCCUGAGAGGAAUUUGGGGCUGAACGUCAUGAAAUGAAUCUGCAGCACUGAAUCCUAUGAUUGAGAGCAGCACACCGACCAUGUUGGAAAUAACUGAAACAUCGCGCUGCACCGUGUGCUGCUGUACUCUGGCCAAUAAGAUCCUCAUGGUGCUCUUCAUGGUACUCCUCAUCUUCGCCAUCCUAUUUGGGAACUUGGUGACGCUGGCUGUGGUGUUAGGAACUAAACACUUCCACACGCCACAGGGCUACCUGAAGGCAUCGCUCGCUGUGGCCGAUCUGGCUGUGGGCGUAUUUGUGGUGCCGCUGUCCAUCUAUGCUGAGGUCUACCUAAUGGUGACUGACUCCGCACCGGAGUGGACCUUGUACAACUCACAGUCUGUGAGCUUUCAUCCCUGCAGCAUCAUUGGACCAAUCUUUGCAGGAUGCACCUUGGUAUCCAUAACAACAAUUUUCCUGCUGACAAUUGAGAGGACCAUCGCCGUGUUGCGGCCACUCCACAAAGACUCACUGAUUACUCGCAGAAGGACAACGAUCCUCAUCGUCCUCUCCUGGGUGGGGAGUUUCUUCCUGGCCAUUCUUCCAAUGCUUUUCAGCAGCGAGAUCGCUUUGGAGUACAACUCCUGCAGUCGAAUGUGCAACUACGCUCUUGGAACCAUUGGCAAGUUCCCGAGCCAGGCUUGGAACAUCCUACUCCUGUUUCCAGCAUUUGACUUCACACUCCUCUGUGGCACUGUGGUGAUAAACAUCAUCUCUCUGUCCAGCAUCAGGCAGCAUUCCAAGCGCCGGAAACACCUGGCAGAAGCCGAGUGCCAGAGCACCUCCAAGCCUACCUUCUCUGACAUCAAGGCAGCUAAAACUAUUGGGACACUAACGGUGGCGUUCACCGUGUCCUUCACACCCAUUGCUGUGUUUGUGGUUGGAAACGUGCUGGGAAAUAAAUGGUGCAACUUCUCCUUUUUCGCCUUCUGGAUUUUGGCCGCUAACAGUUGCUGGAAUGUGAUUAUUUACAGCGUGAGGGACCAGAAGUUUAGGACUCACGCUCACCAGCUGCUCAUGCCCUUCCAGAGAAACACCACAGCCUGACCCUGUUGCUGAGUGCUUGUCUCCCACUGUUGUUACACAUUGUAGGUGUAAGAGACGUGUCCUGUGCACCGUUGUGAAAUUAAAGCUUUUUUAAUUAAAGUUUUCAGGUCACAGAUUUUGGCUGUGAAAGACCUUCUGUGUAACAGAUAAUUAUGUGUAAAUAUAAAAGCCCCUUACCUCGCUGUGAUUUAUUAAAGAUCAAACUGGUUCCUGUGCACGACAGUAAUAUGGGAGAAAUGUAGAUCCUGUGUAGGACUGUUCAUCAUCCACAGAGCCCAAGAAGAACAAAACAGUUGAACAUCAGUCAGGCAGUAAAGGCUUUGUUAGCUUGUCUCUGUCUGUCUGAAAAUGUGUGGUCUUCACAUAUCUGGUCUAAACUAAUAAAACAUUUGUGAAGGUUUCCUUCUCUCUUUCUAGAUGACUGGUGUGAGUGUGAGCAAAGAUAAAUGGAGGUGAUGGUGGUGAGCAGACAAGGCUGACUUGAGUGAAAACCACUGACCACAACGGGAGGGGAAGCAUGGGGACCUACCAGGGGCACAGGAGUCAAGCAGUGGUUUCUGGUUAGUAUAGUCUAGAAAGACAAGAUGGUGGAUGAAAGCUGGUGACUGUAAUAAUUGUGUGUCACCAUAGGUCUCUUGCUGUAUAUAAGAGACAAAAUCAGAUCAAGAAUUCAGAAACAAGGAACAAACAUUUUCCUUUAAAUGUGUCAGUUCUUCCUGGGAUUAAUCUAGCCUGAACUGUAUGUCAUGAAUAAGGAUCAGGUUUAAGAAGAGGAUCAGGAGGAUAA